AUGUGCCCUGUCCUUGGCUUGGUGAAAUCCCUCCUCAGCCACACCCUGGUGGCCAAGGCUGAGCUCCGGAACUCUCUCUUCAACGUCAUCGGCUUCUCGCAUAAGGUGACAAAGUGGCGUGACUCUAUGGUCAGCUGUGAACCUGACCUUGUGUACGAGGCACAGGGCUGGAUUCAGGCUCUGAGGUGCAGCCCUGGUUGGGAUCUCCUGGGGGGUCUCACUGCAGCCUUCACUGACCAUUCCUGCCAGGCUGUCCACCUGGUGACCAACGGCCUCCCAGACAAACCGCAUGAGCUUCUUCAGGUGCUUCUGGGUGUGGCGGAGGUCUGCCCCGUGCACGUGUUCUACCUCUCAGACAGGAGUGGUCCAGACCGACAAACGCAGGAGCUUCUGUAUGGCAUCUCUCACUUCACUGGGGGAAGCUGUCACAUCCUGACUCCCAGCUGUGCUGGGGUUGCAGAACUGGUGAAGCCACCAUUCCUCGCUGAAAGCUGGACCGUGUCACCGUUUUCGUCCACCGUGAAGUACUGCAGCUCAAAACCUGUUUCUGACAGGCCACCAUGCGUGUCCCACCUUCCCUGCAGGUGGCCUUUGUCAGAUACUGCAUGUCCCAUCAGCCCCUGUGGCAAACGGACACAGUAUGUCGGCUGCCAGUUAGCCCCAGGCAGUCGUGUUCUUGCCCGUAGGGAUGUGGAUGGUUUCUACUACCUGGGGACAUUAAAAGAAGUUGUGCAGGGGAGAAGUGGUGUGUUUUGGGUUGAGUUUGACAAACCCGCAUGGACAGGGGCCUCCUGGGAUUCGUCUGUGCAGCUGACCAGUGUGACAAGCAUGCUGUCCCACACGGAAGCCUACAGGCACAACCUCCUCCCUGGGGACAAGGUGCUGGCCCCCAGGGGCCUGGAGCUGAGCCAGUACCACCCAGGGAGUGUGCUUUCUGGGGCAGAACUCAGAAACCCGCUUGGGGCCAGGAACGUGAAUAGACUCCAGGUGUUGUUCUGGAACGGCCAGGAAGCUGCUGUGCCAGGGGACACAGCCGUGUGGAUUUCUCCCUCCCUCUAUGAAAGGAUCGUGAGGGAGCUCCAGUGGCCCCUCCCGGUGCUGUGUUGCCAUGGCAAUGUGUGCGGCGCAUGCUGCCCCCACCGUGUCCUUUGCCCCAGCCUCUGCUGUGUCCACCAGCAGUGGUGGCCCCUGCUUCCCACCCCACGUCAUGUGAUCAGUCUGGGAGGGGAGAUGGACAUAGACGAGCUGGAGAGGAAGGUGGACCUUCAGCUGAAGGAGCUGAAGGAGAGUGGACAAACUUCUUGCCCUUCUCCCUCAUUACACUCCUUGGCAAAUGAUGGCUGUGCUGUGGGCAGGUCCUCAGUGGACCAGGCGGUCAACACUGACCUCAGUCUUCUACGCAAGACCACAUCUGCACCGAAAGAGCGACCAGCCUGGAAGUACUGGAGAAGGAGUCAGCCGGAGCCGCAACACAAGCUACUGAGCGGACACCUAAAAGCAGAACCUGCUGGAAACGCUCUGGACCCGAGCUGCUUCGGCAGAGUGGGCUGGGACCUGAAUAAGAAGUAUUUGUAG